ACUGCUUAAGGAAACUCAAAAACAAACAAAGUGAUUAUUGAAAGUGCGAAUGAGGAGUUUAAAAACCGCUAAGUAAUAUUAUAAAGCUCUACUCCGCCAAUUAAUAUAAAGGAAAACGUGGUGUGCCAAUAAAAAAAGCUGAAAAGCCUGAACUAAAUACGAGAAAGAGAUUAUACAACAAUACAUUCUUGAGAACAUGAAGUCGCUGAUAUUUCAUAUUUUUCUGCUGUAUUGCCUACUACACACGACCAACUCGGCAGAGAAUUCCACCGAAGUUUUAACGAAAUUCCUUGCAAAUGUUAACCAGAAUCUAGCCACACUUUACAAUCGCGAAGUGCUUGCCAAUUGGCAACUGGAGGUAAAAGGUCCAAACUAUCUCUAUGCUCUAUUGCAGUCAGAGUUGACUAGUGAAGAGAUAAUGAAUUAUGUGCAAAGCAUAGUACCCAAGGCUACCAAGUUCAAGCGCUUAAAUGCGGGCAAUCCACAACAGCAACGCCAAUUGUCACAGAUACCCGAAAGAGGUUAUGAAGCAUUGUCUCCUGCGGAUCUUAAAUUGAUGUACAUUGUUACCAAAAAUAUGGGUGACAUUUAUAAGAAUACGAAGCUUUGCUCUUUCCAUGACAGAAAGCAAUGUAAUUUAACCCUAAUACCGGCGGUGCAGAAUAUCUUACAUAACAGUAAUGAUGUUGCUGAAAUUGAGUAUUACUGGUUGGAAUGGCGUCGGAAGACUGGUAUGCCCGCAAAGCAAGAUUUUGUGUCGUUUGUUGAGUUGUAUAGGAAGACGGCGCAGUUGAACGGUUUCUCCACGCCAUCUGAGUUCUGGUUUAAAGACCUAGAAGAGAAUAGCGCACAGACUGUUACACUAUUGGAAGGUUUCAUGCAACGUUUGCAACCGCUUUUUCAGGAAUUCCAUGCCCAUGUCCGCGGAAAAUUGAGAAAGUUAUAUGGUGAGGAGUUGAUACCUCGCGGUAAGCCAUAUCCACAGAAUCUCGCAGAGAUUUUCAUAGGAAAUGCAUUUCGCCGUGCCGAUCCCGAAUGGUACAUAGAAUUCCCUUACCCUGAAGUCGGUGUGCCUAAUAUAACCGCUGGCCUGUUGCGACGUGGUUUGAAUAAUGCGCAGCGUGUAUUUUGGAAUGUGGCCGAGUACUUCCGCUCUAUGGGCAUGCCACAAAUCGAAGACACUUUUUGGUCUCAUAAUGCACGCCCUAAAGCCGAUUUGGAUGAAGAGGAGUUGCGUUGUUGGCAUAAAGCCUGGAAGUUUUAUGGUAUCAAACGUGUUAACUUCUCAUAUUGCCCUCUAGUAGACGAAGAAAGAUUCUUCAAUAUGUAUGAAGCGUUAACUGAUGUCUAUUACUAUCGCGCUUAUGACCAGCAGCCAACACUGUUUGCCGAGGAACCCUUUCCCAAUUUCAGCGAUGCUUUGGGAAAAAUGUUCGCUUUGUCAGCUUCGUCACCACGUUAUUUGGAAAAGCUAAAGGUCUUAGAACGUGGUCGGGUGUCGAAAGAAUUGAGAAUAAAUCGACUCUAUUGGCAGGGCCUACGCACUAUAUUUUUGAUUCCAGUAUUCUAUGUUCUGGACCGUUAUCGAGUGGAUGUGCUUGAUGAACGCUUAAAUAUUUCCGAUAAUUGUGCCUAUUGGCAGCUGACGACGGACUUUACGGGAGCAGAGCCACCUGUGAGUAGAAGCAAUGAAGAUUUUGAUGCACCAGCAAAGCUGUUGAUAGAAGUGGACGAUCAAUAUACUAGUCAAAUAAUGAGCACAGUGCUGCAAUAUCAGCUCUAUAAGCAUUUCUGUGAAAUCAGUGGACAAUAUAAGUCAAAUGAUGAAAACUAUCCACUCGAUUUAUGUGAUUUAUCCAAUCAACGCCAAAUCGGACCGCUAGUGAUGGAAGCAAUGUCCUUGGGCUCGUCGAAAUCAUAUAAGGAUAUUCUUCAAAUAAUGACAAAGGAGUCAGCCAUAAACAUGGAUGGGCUGCUGGCCUACUUUCAACCGCUUUACGAGUGGUUGGUGGAGCAAAAUCGUUUAGAUGAUGUGGAAAUUGGUUGGGAGCCAACAACGAAAUGUACUUAAGAAAGCGUUCGUGCAAAUAUUAUUUAAUAAUCAAAUAGAGGUUUUUUUGCGUUAUGGUACUUAAGAAUAUAUAUUAAGUUC